UGGCUAACAAGUUUUUUUAAUGAUGUUAUUACUGCGGUUUUUCAUGAGAAAUAAAUAAAUAGCUUUGUUUCUUUAGGGCAAUGCAAAAUCUGGAAAUUUUAACAAGAUGGGAUAGCCUCUCAUUAAACAAACAACUAAUCGUGAGUUUUUUAAGCGAGUGAAAACCCUCUGUUUAAAUAUAUAUUUUGGGAGCACAGAUAAUGAUUCCAACUAAGCCUAAAGAUGAUGACAUUGCAGUACACUUGUGGAAUAUUGCUUCUAGUCUGGUCAGUAGCUGUUGCUUUACCACAAGAAGGGAAGGCUUUGAGGAGGAGAAGAGUCAACCAUGAUGAAAAAAACUUCGAACUUCCAAGUGAUGUACCAGGAAACUCAGGAGAAAAUGCGCCUGCUAAGUUUGGUAGAGCAAUCCAUCGGUCACCCUGGUCUUCCGAAGAGGCAGAAUCAAGUGAGGACGAGCCCGUUAAGCUUGGUAGAGAAAUUCAUCAGUCAGCCUGGUCUUCCGAAGACGUAGAAUCAAGUGAAGACGUGCCCGUUAAGCUUGAUAGAACAAUUCAUCAGUCAACCUGGUCUUCCGAGGACACAGAAUCAAGUGAAGACGUGCCCGUUAAGCUUGGUAGAGCAAUUCAUCAGUCAGUCUGGUCUUCCGAAGACACAGAAUCAAGUGAAGACGUGCCCGUUAAGCUUGGUAGAACAAUUCACCAGUCAGCCUGGUCUUCCGAAGACACAGAAUCAAGUGAAGAAAGCAAUGAAAAUAUCAGAACAAGAGAUGGGAAUAAAAACCGAUGGUCAUUAUCAAACCCUCUGAAAUUAGCAUUGGAUUUUGUAAAUAAGUUGAGAGGAAGAGAGCCUGCUUUUCCUGUACCUGAGAAAAAUCGAAACAAAAAGGUUCCAAAAUAUAAAAAGAAGAAGAAGAGCGACGAUGUAUAUGGGAAAUUGUUUAAAAAAUGGCUACGGAAAAACAAAAUUUUAAAAGAUGAGGAUUCACUAUCUAGAUAUCUUUUAGAUCAUUUGAAUGAAUACAAUCAUAAAAAACUCCGAAAGAAGCCCAAAAGAAAAUCUUCAAAGAAUCAGAGUCCUAAUAAGAAAAACAACAGAAUAAGAAAUUCAAAACCAGGUGUGAGUAACAAAAAGGAUCAGACAAAAGUAACAAAAUUAAAUAAUCAUGGAUAUUCUGACGAUGAAGGUCAAGAUUCAAAAAAAUUAUCACCGUUACAUAAAACAAAACGAUACGAUACCUAUAGCGAUGAAAACUGCGAUUAUUCUAAAUCCGGUGAUAAAAAUGAAGACAAUAAGAACCGGGAUUCAUGUAACCAUGCAAGCUCUGAAAUAGCAAAAAGUUUAAUCUCAGAAUCAGACAGACAUGGAAAGAACAACAAUAAUAGUGAUCGAAAAAAAUCUAAAAUUACAGAAAAUAAUUCACAGGGUAGUACUCUAUUAAAUGCUGAAUAUGUCCCGUUAUCUGAAUCUCAAAGCAAAAACACUACGAAAAAGAACUCUAACAAACCUCAAACGGACAAAAAAGCAGUUUCAAUAAGUAAUAUUGCAACCCAAACUACAGAUAAAAACAUCUCUCCAAAAAAUACAAAUGAAAGUAUCACUUCCAACACAACAGAUAAAAACAUCAAUUCAAAAACUACAAGUGGAAGUAUCAUUUCAAAAACUGCAGAUAAAAGCAUCGCUUCAGAAACUGUAGAUAAAGGUAACACUUUAAAAACUACAGAUAAAAGCAUCACUUCAAAAAUUGGAGGAGAAAGCAUCAUUUCAGAAACUACAGGUGAAAGCGUCGCAUCAAAAGCUACGACCGAAAGCAUCGCUUCAAAAACUACAGAUGAAAGCAUCGCUUCAAAAACUGCAGAUGAAAGAAUGGCUUCAAAAACUACAGAUGAAAGUUUAGUUUCAAAACCUACAGAUGAAAGCAUUACUUCAAAAACUAUUGCUGGAAGUAGCACUUCAAAAACUACAGAUGAAAGCAUCACUUCAAAAAGUACAGAUGAAAGCAUAGCGUCAAAAACAACAGAUGAAAGCUUCGUUUCAAAAACUACUGAUGAAAGUACCACAGAUGAAGCAGAGAAGUUCCAGAAAGAGGAAUCUCAGCUUACAAAUAGCAAAUCUUCUUCAUUCAUUAAAGAAGUGGAAAAUGAAAAUGUUGAACAGGAAGAAAAGUACGAUACUUUUCUUCAAUAUAUUUAUAAAAAUUCGAACAACACAUAUUUUCAGGCCCUUCGAAAGCACUCAAGCAAUUUAUUAUAAUAUUCUACCUCCUUCUUUGAUUUGUAAUCAUCUUGAAUAAAUUUAAUUAAUUAAUUGAA